ACAACAACACUCGAGCCAGUCUGCAGGAGGCCGUCGAGGGGGUAAGACGUACGCCCUUUUACCUCUCCAUUUAGUGUAAACGAACAGGUGACAGACAACAACAACAACAACAACAACGAGUGAUAUAGAAAACAAUAACAAACAGACAAACUCUAGAAACCAAAAAGGAAAAAAAAAUAUCGACCCGAGAAAUGAAGUGAAAAAAUAAACAAUAAAUUUUGGGAAAAAAAGAAAACGAGGAAAAAAGUUAUCAAGACCAGAAAUUGAAAAAAACGAAAAAAUAAACGAAGAUAAGAAAACGGAGAAAAGAAAACGAAUUAAAUAUAAGAAAACGAAGAAUUGAAGUAAGAACAGAGAUAAAAAAGAAGAAAAUUAAAGAAAACGAAGAAAAAAAAUAGUGAUCAGAAAUUAAAGAAAACGAGGAGAAUGUGAAAAGCGAGUGACAAACUAAAACAAAAACAAACACCUUUCCUGUUUUACUCUGUCAGUGUUUGGGAAAGAUUAAAACAGUAAAACCAGUGACCCAGAGACGGUAUAAGAGUGUGUCUUUGGUGCCAUAAGGGAUUAAAGGAAGGAGAGAAAAUGGAUUAGUUGGCGAAGAAAAUCCGUCGAGACACCAAAGAAAAUGGCCUCCGUCGCCCCGAAGCUCAGUGACAGCGGGGGCCCAGCGGAUGGCAGAGGAAGAGGAGGAGAAGGAGGAGGAGGAGGAGGAAGAGAAGAAAUAGAAGGAGACCAGAGUGCUCUUCUUGGAGGAGGAGGAGGAGGAGGAGGACUGAGUCGAAGCAGCUCAACGAGAGGAAGUUUAAGAAAGGUGCUUCCCUCCGUACCUGAUAUGGACCAACAGCUCUCAAUGGCGGCCAAGAUGAUCGACAGACGGACCUCAACGCCUAAGGGAAACCACUCCUACAGCCCCUACUUCCUGGAGUACACCCUGCUGGCGGAGUACAACCUCCUACAGAAGCAGCGUGUGUCUGGCGUUUAUGUGGUGCCCUCGGGGAAGACUCCUCUAGUGUGGUUUGGCGUCAUCUUCAUCCGACAAGGUAUCUACCAAGAGGGAAUAUUUCGCUUCAACCUGCACAUCCCGGAGAACUACCCUGAUGGAGACGUUCCCACGGUUGUUUUCGAGACCCCAGUGUUCCACCCGCUGGUCAGCCCGGACACGAGGCAGCUGGACAUCCGGCGAGGGUUUGCGAACAAGUGGCGGAGGAACGUCAACCACCUCUGGCAUGUGUUGUUGUAUGUGCGGAGGUGCUUCUACAAGAUCGAGACCAGCCACCCGCUCAACCCAGAAGCUGCUGUGUUGUACGACAGCGACAACGAAAUGUUUCAGCUGCGCGUCAGGAGCUGCGUCGAGGAGAGCAAGCGUGCCGUCCUGGACCCCCCCUCGGCUGCCGCUGCCGACCCCCACGCUAUUGUAUUCUCCCCCUUCCAGCCGGCCGUGCAUGACCCUGUUCUGGAUGAGCUAAAGAAGGAGAGGGCCGAGGUGAACGGGAACUUGAAGGAGGGUGGCGGAAACUGCAACGGACUGUCUUGGGUCAAACCAGGAACUCUGCAAAUCUUCUCCCAGUCGGCCUCCUGACAGCUGCCCUCCCCUCCCAGCCUCCAGACACCUCCCACACCCUCCUCCUCUUCUUCCUCCCCCUCCUCCUCCUCCUCCUCCUCCUCGACCGCCUCCUCACCUCCAGUUCGAUGCUACUAAAGAAAAAGAAGGGUUUAGGAUUCAGUGGUCUUGAGUAUAGGUGGGUUUCGAUUCCUCCUCCUCUUCUUCCUCCUCCUCCUCCUCCUCCUCCUCAACCACCUCCUCACCUCCAGUUCGAUGCUACUAAAGAAAAGGAAGGGUUUAGGAUUCAGUGGUCUUGAGUAUAGGUGGGUUUCAAUCCCUUAUGUGUGCUUCCUCCUCCUCCUCCUCUUCCUCCUCCACCUUUUCCGGUUCAAGAGAGGGGAAGAGAGGAAGGGAUCAGAGGGGUGGAGGAAGGGUUGAGGAGGAAGUAAAAGUAGAUUUGUAUGGGUUUGAAUCCCUUUGUUUUAGUUCUUUUUUUGUUGUUUGUUUGUUUUAUUGAUUGACCUCCAUUCCCUCCUUCUCUCAUUAUUUUUGUCUUUAUAUCUUUCUUCUUUCUCUAUUAAUUUCUUUCUCUCCAUUUCUCUCUCUCUCUCUCUCUCUCUCUCUCUCUCUCUCUCUCUCUCUCUCUCUCUCUCUCUUAUUUUCAUUCUCUCUCUCUCUCCCUUUCUAUUUUCCUUCUCUUCCUUUUUUUUUCUCCCUUUCUCUUAAUCCCUUUUCUCUCUAUCUUUCUCUUUCUAUAUUAAUUUCUUUCUCUCCAUUUCUUAUUUCUCUCUCUCUCUCUCUCUCUCUCUCUCUCUCUCUCUCUCUCUCUCUCUCUCUCUCUCUCUCUCUCUCUCUCUCUCUCUCUCUCUCUCUCUCUCUCUCUCUCUCUCUCUCUCUCUCUCUCUUAUUUUCACUCUCUCUCCCUCUCUUUCUAUUUUCAUUCUCUAACUUUCUUUUUUUCUCCCUUUCUCUAUUUCCUAUCUCUUUAUCCUUCUUACCUUUUCUCUCCCUUUCUACUCUGUUUUCUCCCUUUCUUUCCCUCCCUUCAUAUCCUCCCUUUCCUAACCCAUUCCUUUCUUUCUCUCUCCUUCAAUUAUCUUACUUUCCUCUCUCUCUCUUCCAUUCCUUUAGUUUCCAAUACUUUCUUUCCCUCCCUUUCUCUUACAUUUUCUCUUUCUCUGUUUUCUCCCUUUCUUUCCCUCCCUUCAUAUCCUCCCUUUCCUAACCCAUUCCUUUCUUUUUCUCUCCUUCAAUUAUCUUACUUUCCUCUCCCUCUUCCAUUCCUUUAGUUUCCAAUACUUUCUUUCCCUCCCUUUCUCUUACAUUUUCUCUUUCUCCUCUGUUUUCUCCCUUUCUUUCCCUCCCUUCAUAUCCUCCCUUUCCUAACCCAUUCCUUUUUCUCUCCUUCAAUUAUCUUACUUUCCUCUCUCUCUUCCAUUCCUUUAGUUUCCAAUACCCUUUCUUUCCCUUCCCUUCAUACCCUCCCUUUCUCUUACAUUUGCUCUCUUUCUCCUCUGUUUUCUCCCUUUCUUUCCCUCCCUUCAUACCCUCCCUUUCUUUCUCUCCUCCCUCAGUUUUCUUAUUUUCCUUUCCCUCUUCCAUUCCUUUACUCACUACCCAUUCUUUCCCUCCCUUUCUUAACCCAUUCCUUUCUCUCUUCCCUCACUCAGUUUUCCUCUCCCUCUCCCAUUCCUUUAGUUUCAAAUAUACAUAAUCUAACUAGUGUAUUUUUGGACACAUAUACAUUUAACUCUAUGAUCAAAGGAGGCUUAGCAAUAGGCCUAUGUGUGUGUACUGUAUCCAAGGACUUAAGAAACACACAUGGGCUGGUGUUUUUAAAAAGUCUUACCGCAAUUUUUGUGACGGUAAUGAUUCUUUUAAAUGCAAUAACUCGUUUUUCCUCUAUUUUGUUUAUUCUGUUUGUGCUGGGAUUGAUGUGUUUGUGUGUGUGUGUGUGUGUGUUUGUGUGUGUGUUUGGUAAUGUGGUUUUAACUCGAUAACUAUUUUUUUCUCUUUUAUUCAACUUACGUCUGUGUGUGUGUGUGUGUGUGUGUGUGUGUGUGUGUGUGUGUGUUUGGUAAUGUGGUUUUAACUCGAUAACUAUUUUUUUCUCUUUUAUUCAACUUACGUCUGUGUGUGUGUGUGUGUGUGUUAAUUUUUCAACACAAUAAUUCAUGUUUUUCUGAUAAUUAUUUCAACUUUGAUUAAUAUAUUUGUCAGUGUGUGUGUGUGUGUGUGUGUGUGUGUGUGUGUGUGUGUGUGUGUGUGUUCUCUAUUUCUUUAUUCAGUCCACAUAUAGAAGGGAAGAAGAAAGGAAAAUAGAAGGGGAGGACAGGAUGGGAAAGGAGAAGAAGAGAAAGAAGGGAAAGGAAGAUAGAAGGGAAGGGAGAAGAAGAAAAAGAAAAGGGAAAGGAAAACAGAAGGAAAGGAAGGGAAAGGAGAAGAAAAAGAGAAGAGAAAGGAAGAUAGAAUGGAAGGAAGAGAAGGGAAGGGAGAAGAAGAGAAAGAGAAGGGAAAGGAAUAUAGAAGAGAAAAAAAGGAAGUAGAAAAAAAAAUUAAUAUUGUACGUUUGAUUCAAGUUCCAUUUUUAUUGAUUUUUGGUGCAAGUUUUCAACCGUUCGAUUUUUCUCGGGAAUUUUCUAAACGUCGAUUUUUUCAUUUUUCAUUUGUUAUUAUUUUUUUCUUACCUUUUACCGAUGGCUUCCAAGUCUGUGCUGUGUGGAUGCUCGUUAACCUGCCCUCACCUCCUCGGAACACACACACACACACACACACACACACACACACACACACACACACACACACACACACACACACACACACACAGAGUUGUUGGACAAAUAUAGGACUAUCCGAGCUUGAGUUCAGGCCCUGUAUACUACAAAUAGGUAAAUACACACACACACACACACACACACACACUAUUUAUAUCAAGAGAACACAGUCAAAAAAAUAUUAGAGAAAAUUAAAAAGGUUUGGAAUUCACUAAUGGAUGAAGUUGUGUGUGUGUUGAUAGCAUUCACAAACUUGAAAAAUGUAACAAAUAUGGUUUAAAAAGCAAUACAACACACACACACACACACACACACACACACACACACACACACACACACUGUCAACUUCUGAGGAGGUGAAAAAUGCUCAUAGGGAAAUACAGCAUAGUGACCAAAUUCCCCUGACCCCAAAACUACUAUAAAUGUCCCCUUUUCUAACCUAAUAUAGAGUAGGUCUUUUAAAACAUUAUCAUAAGAAGAAGAAUUUUAAUGGAGAUUUUAGAUGUCGUCGCCUCUAUUAAAUAUAAGUCGUGGAGUUUAUAUAAAAAGUGUAUUUGUUGUAGUAGUAUAAGUGGUUUAGGUUGGGUGAGGUAUGAGGUAUGAGGUACACACACACACACACACACACACACACACACACAUAGAUACAGAAACGCACACAUAUACAUACAUACAUAUGGGUUAAUCUAGCUUUGUAUAUCUGCACUCUUAAUCAAAUCACUUGUGUAGAUUAACCCUGGUGUGUGUGUGUGUGUGUGUGUGUGUGUGUGUGUGUGUGUGUGUGUGUGUGUGUGUGUGUGUGUGUGUAGCUACUACAGUUACUACCACCACUACUUUUUUAAUUUUUCUUCUUCAACUUCUAUAUAAAAGGAUAAGACUUUCCUCUCUUGCUCAUCCCUGUACUGUCCCAAUCCCUUGUGCAAGAGUUAACCAGUAUGUCCAGUCUUUCAUCACUUUCACUGGUAAACUUUUUUAUACUACUACUACUACUACUACUACUACUACUUCUACUAUUCACUACACUCACACCUCACCCUAACCUCCAUACUAUUACUACUACUGCUACUACUACUACUACUACUAUUACUUCUACAACCAGUGUGAUAGCGUGUAUACUACCCCUAUGAUAGCAGUAGAAGUUGUCAUAGUGUUAGCGUUGUAUGAUAUGUAAAUAGGUAUGUAUGUAUAAUAGUUAGUUUUGAUUCAGUAAAAAAAAGCUUAUAAUUGUCUGUCAUUCUUUACUAUGUUGAAAUAAAGGAGAAUAAUGAGUG